UUGACCGAGAGGUGGGGUUUGGCUCCCGAGUGUGGGCGGAAGUUGCCGAGAGUCCUCGGGAGCUUUGGCUACGCCCCGUUGGCCUCCCUCGGAGGCGGAAGCAACCGCUUAGCGCCGGAAGUCGCCCCGCGCCGCCUCGCGUGUUCGCGAGUGGCACGGGGCGCCGGUUGCCAUGGAGCCGGCCGGGCCGUGCGGUUUUUGCCCGGCGGGGGAGGCCCAACCAGCGCGCUACACCUGCCCUCGCUGUAAUGUGCCCUACUGCUCGCUGCGCUGCUACCGGGCGCAUGGCACCUGCGCCGAAGACUUCUACCGGGACCAGGUGCUGGGGGAGCUCCGCGGCCGCAGCGCCUCGCCCAGCCGCCUGGCCAGCGCCCUGCGGCGGCUGCGUGAGCAACGCGAGACCGAGGACGACCCGGAGGACGCAGGCCUCAGGCCUGGCCCGGCGCCCGGCGGCCUCUCGGGGCUCUGGGAGCUCCUGGCCCCGGCCGAGAAGGCGGCCUUCGAGCGGCUGCUGAGCCGGGGCGAGGCCGGGCGGCUGCUGCCCCCAUGGCGGCCGUGGUGGUGGGGACGCGGGGCCGGGCCGCGGCUCCUGGAGGAGGUGGGCGAUGCUGCGGGCGGUGACCCCGUGGGGCUGGAGCCCACCCCCGCGAGGGCGCCACCGGAACCCGUGAAGGAGGCCGCCGCCGAGCCAUUUCUCGGAGACGCCCCCGAGGCCUGCGCGCCCACCGUGCCCACCCGGAUCCCCACGCUGGCCAGCCUGAGCCGUGGCCCGGCCUCGCCGCUCGUGCGCUUCCAGCUGCCCAACGUGCUGUUCGCCUACGCACACGCUCUUGCCUUGUAUCACGGCGGCGGCGACGACGCCCUGCUCUCCGACUUCUGUGCCACGCUGCUCGGCGUUUCCGGGGCCCUGGGUGCGCAGCAGGUCUUCGCCUCGGCCGAGGAAGCCCUGCAGGCCGCAGCCCGGGUGCUCGAAGCCGGCGAGCAUCCUCCCGGGCCCCUGGGCACACGGGGCGCCAUGCGCGAGGCCGCCCUCAUCCUGAUGGGCGAGGGCCCGGCCAACCAGAAAGGCUACACGCUGGCGGCACUGGGGCACCUGGCGCGGACCCUGGGCCAGGCCCGGAGGCAAGCUGUGGCUACCGAAGAGCGAGAUGGCCUCUACCGGGCGCGGAAGAAGUGCCAGUUCCUGCUGGCUUGGACCAAUGAAAAUGAGGUGGCCCUCACGCCCCUGGCUCUAGACUGUGCCAGGGCCCACCGAGCCCACGCUGUGGCCGCCGAGGAGGUGGCAGCCCUCACUGGGGAGUUGGAGCGGCUUUGGGGAGGCCCCCUGCCACCUGCUCCAAGAAUUCUCAUUGAGGAGCUCCCUGGCUGAACAGGGAUCUCUAUGUCAUCAAUAAAGCCGCGACUGGUCUGCCCUGGCA